CAUAUUGUCCAAACACCGGUUUAAAUACAGAAGUGGAAUCUGUAGUUUACUCUUAUUUCUGGAAGACAUAAAUAAUUAGUAAUGAAUUGGUGAACAAUAAUACAAAUUUUCGUCAAGUAUAGUUAAUUUGACAGUUUACUUCAGGUCACGGUUUAAACCCGCUAUAGACAUGCAACUGCAUCUGCUGCUAAGGUGUCAUAGACCAAGAACAAUCGCAUCCCUUCAAUCCAAUAUUUUCUUCCCUGUUCUCUCUCUGUCAAAACGUUCCUUUAAUACGAAUGCAAACCAACGUCAAACAGAUUUUAUCUCCAACGACAAAUCCUGCUCAGACACAUUUUUAUGGAUUUCUCACCAUUCACACCCAGAAAUAUCUCAAUUCCGUGUCAAUGGUUUCUCCAAAAUCACCAGCAAACUCACUGGAAAGGCUUUGCAUUGUCUUUUUUUAAAGGGUAUGAUCCCUUUAAGCAUAUUCCAUUUAAAUACUUUGAUAAGCAUGUAUAUGAGAUUUGGGUGUGCAAAUUCUGCCUACCAUGUGUUCGACAAAAUGGCGCUGAGAAAUGAAGCUUCUUGGAACACUUUAAUUGCUGGAGUUGUAAAAGCUGGUUUAUAUUUUGAUGCUUUUGAAUUAUUCAAUAAAAUGAGGAUUUCUAACUUUGAUUUAAAUGGGUUUGUGAUUUCAAGUUUGAUUUCUGCUUGUAGUAAAUGGGAUAUUAUGGUUAUUCAAGGAUUUCAAAUACAUGGGUUUGCUCUUAAGUCAGGUUUAUUGGAUGAUGUCUUUGUUUCUACGUCUUUAUUGCAUUUUUAUGGAUCAGAUAGGUUUCCAUUGGAAGCGAAGAUGCUUUUUCAGGAUAUGCCUUAUAAAAAUGUAGUUUCAUGGACUGCAUUGAUGGUUGUGUGCUCUAAUAAUGGACAAUCCCAGGAAGUCAUUGAAUUGUAUCGAAGAAUGAAGCAAGAGGGGCUAGACUUUAAUGAAAAUACGUUUACUAUAGUGAUCAGUUCUUGUGGGAUUCUUGAGAAUCAGAAUUUCGGUCUGCUUGUUCUUGGGCAUGUUAUAAAGUCUGGGUUUGAGUCGAAUCUUUCUGUUGCAAAUUCUCUUAUAUCGAUGUUUAGUAACUUUGAUGAUUUGGAUGCUGCGUCUUAUGUGUUUGAUUUAAUGGAAGUACAUGAUACAAUAUCUUGGAAUUCUAUGAUUACUGCCUUUGGGCAUCACAAGCUUUGUGCAGAAGCCUUUGGAUACUUCAGGCGGAUGCGUUUUGUUCAUAAUGAGGUUAAUUCUGUCACACUUUCUAGCUUGUUAUUGGCUUGUGGUUCUAUUGGUAGUGUAAAAUGGGGCAAGGGUAUACAUGGUCUUAUACUUAAAUAUGGACUUCAAUUAGAUGUUUGUGUUUUUAAUACUCUCCUUACCAUGUACUCUGGAGCAGGAGAACUUAAUGAUGCUGAGUUUUUAUUUAUGUCAAUGCCAGAGAAGGAUUUGAUUUCAUGGAAUUCAAUGAUAACUUGUUAUGCCCUGAAUGGCAUGUGUAUAGAUGCAUUGCGGACAUUGAGCGGCCUCUUAAGGGCCAAGAAAUCAAUUAGCCAAGCCACUUUUGCCAGUGUUAUAGCAGCAUGCUUUAACAAUGAGUUCCUUGCUGCAGGCAAAGUUGUCCACGGUCUAGCUGUCAGUUCUGGUCUUUACAAUAAAUUGAUUGUUGGCAACUCAUUGAUCACCAUGUAUGCAAAUUGUGGCUUAACAAUGAAUGCUAAGCAGGUUUUCGAUGUCAUGCCUGAGCAUGAUAUAGUCACAUGGAAUGCGCUGAUUGGGGGUUAUGCUGUGAACGAAGAACCCGAUCAAGCAUUUGGAACUUAUCAGUUGAUGAGAAGAAGAGGCUUGCAAGAAAAUUACAUAACCAUUGUGAAUCUUCUUUCUUCGCUUUCUUCUGUUAGUAGUCUAUUAAAAUAUGGGAAGUCUGUGCAUGCUCAUGUCAUUUGUAUAGGUUUAGAGUCAAACGAGUAUGUGAAGAAUUCUCUUAUAACUAUGUAUGCCAAAUGUUCUGAUCUUGACUCGAGUAAUGUAUUAUUCAAUAAAUCAAAGAACAUAACCCCUGUCACGUAUAAUGCCAUAAUUUCUUCUAAUGCUCGACAAGGACGGGGAGAAGAUGCUUUGCAUAUAUUUACAAAAAUGUAUAGUAGUGGUAUAUGUUUAGAUCAAUUUACUUUCUCUAGUGCUUUUGCUGCUGCAGCUAACUUGGCAACGUUGGAAGACGGUAAAAUGCUUCAUGGUUUGACUGUGAAAAUUGGGUUUGACUUGAAUUUGCAUGUAUUAAAUGCUGCUAUGGAUAUGUAUGGGAAAUGUGGGGAAUUGAAAGAUGUCUUGAAGUUACUUCCACAAAAAGUUAAUAGGUCAAGGCUAUCAUGGAAUAUUCUUAUUUCAACAUAUUCAAGGCAUGGUCUUUUUCAGCAAGCUCGGGACACUUUUCAUGAAAUGAUUCGUGCAGGGAUACAACCUGAUUUUGUGACCUUUGUCUCUCUUCUAACUGCAUGCAGUCAUGGGGGCCUUAUUGAUGAGGGUCUUGAGUAUUACUCUUCCAUGACAAGGGAUUUUGGAAUUUUGCCGAGAAUUGAGCAUUGUGUUUGUGUAGUUGAUCUUCUAGGGCGAUCUGGAAGAUUUUAUGAGGCUGAGAAAUUUUUAAAUGAAAUGCCAGUUCCUCCAAAUGGUUUCAUCUGGAGAAGUUUAUUAGCUGCUUGUAGGGUUCAUGGUAAUGUUGAACUUGGUAAAAGAGCAGCGCAACAGCUAAUUCAAAUGGGACCCGAUGAUGAUUCAGUUUACGUUCUCUACUCAAACGUAUGUGCAUCAUAUGGAAAUUGGGAGGAUGUGGAGAGUAUAAGAAAUCAAAUGCGAUUGGGCCAUGUAAAGAAAAAGCCAGCAUAUAGCUGGAUGAAGUCGAAAAAUAAAGUCAGUUCUUUUGGAAUGGGAGAUCAAACUCACCCACAAGCGAAACUGAUAGCUAAAAAGCUCAAAGAAAUUAAGAAACUGAUCACUGAAGCUGGUUAUGUCCCUGAUACAAAUUUCUCUCUGCAUAACACUGACGAAGAGCAGAAGGAACACAAUUUAUGGAACCACAGUGAGAGACUAGCGCUUGCAUAUGGAUUAAUUAUUUAUCCUGAAAGCGCAGUCAUAAGAGUAUUCAAGAAUCUUCGUGUUUGUGGCGAUUGCCACUCUGUUUACAAGUUUGUAAGUGCAGUACUUGCUAGGGAAAUUCUAUUGAAGGAUCCCUACCGGUUUCAUCAUUUCAAAGAAGGCAAGUGUUCAUGUGGGGAUUUUUGGUAGUCAAGACGCAAUUGUGUAGAUUCACAAUUUCACUUACGCGCUCUAAUUUGUCGAGGACUCUCAUGUAGUGGAUGAGCAAACCAUCACAAAGAUGACUGUCAUUUGCUAUAUGUCGUAUGAAGCAUCGGAGAUGGAAGCAUGAGGCAUGUAAGGAACAAGCAUUACUUGAAGCUGGAAGUUAAGCUGCUACACCUCAUGAAAUUUCUUAAGACUUGGACGCCUGAAGAAUACAAGCAAAAGCCUAUAGGUAUGUGAUAUGCAUUCAUCGUAAUAUAUUUAACCCAAAGAGAUAACACCCUGCUUUUCUCACUAUGAUAAGAUGUUCAUAAAGAGAGAGUUUAGUUUACUUAUUAAAAAUCAAGUUCAAAUAAAGCCUAUUAGGUUGAAAGAAGUUGAGAUGAAUUUAGGGUGUUCAGACAUAUUUAUACAAUACUUUUCUAACCUAAAUCCACUUUAACCUAGAUCUAACAGGUUCCCUAAUAAAGUGGCGGCAUAACUGAUUCAGUUAUAACACCUUUUAAAAUGAUUUAAAAGUUAAAAUACAAUUUUAAGCCUUUAUUUUCUACACUCCCCCUCAAGAUAGGUGGUAGGAUCUUGACACCAAUCUUGCUAAUUGUCUUUUCAAAGAUUUUAGAACUCACAGCUUAAGUGAGUAUAUCAGCAACUUGAUCUCUUGUUCCUCCAAACGGAAGAUUAAUAAUAUUUUAUUCUAGUUUUUCUUUUAUAAAAUGACGAUCCACUUCAAUAUAUUUUGUUAAAUCAUGCUAAAUCGGAUUUUCGGAAAUGCUAAUUGUUGCUUUUUGUCACAAUAGAGUUGACAAGCCUUUGUUUGAGAAAAACCAAGUGCUUUCAUUGAUUUACGAAGCCAUAAUAUUUUUGUUAUCCCUUUAGCAAUCCCUCUAAACCCUGCUUCAACACUUGAUAGUGCAACCACCUUUUAUUUUUACUUCUCCAAGUGAGUAGGUUUGUACUAACAAAAGUGAAAUUAACUGAAGUGGAUUUCAUUCCAACUCCAUCACCAGCCCAAUCUGCAUCUGUGUUGCUAAUAACAGAUAUUGAUUUCGUUUAGAAAAGAUACCUUUACCACUAGUUUCUUUGAGAUAUCUGAUAAUUCUUAUGGCUGCUUCAAAAUGUUGAAUUUGAGGAAGAUGCAUAAAUUUGCUUAUAACUCCUACUGCAUAUGCAAUAUCUUGUCUAGUAUGGGAUAUAUAGAUAAGUUUUCCUACCAUUUGGUAUUGUUCUUUGUCAGCAAGAAUUUCAUUUUCAUUAGUUUGUAAUCAGUGAUUUAUAAUGGUAGGAGUAUCUGCCGGAUCAUGACUCGUACCUAUUUCUACAAGAAGAUCUAAGAUAUAUUUUUGUGAUUUAUAAAGAUUCCCCUUUUGAUCUACAAUCCCAAGAAAAUAUUUUAGAUUUCCUAGAUCCUUCAUUUCAAAUUCUCAAAAUAACAUUCUUUUUAAAUCUAUUAUUUCUUUUUUAUUAUUCCCAAUAAUAAUAAUAUCAUCGACAUAUAUAAUUAAGCACGUAGUUUUCUUAUUAUCUCCUUUUAAGAAUAUAGUAUAAUCAGAGAUUACUCUGUUUAUAACAAAAUCUUUUCAUUGCUAUAGCGAAUCUUCCAAACCAAGCUCUUGGAAAUUGCUUUAAGCCGUAUAAAGCCUUUUUUAAAUUUAUAUCCCUCAUUAAUUUUAAAAUUUUCCAAGAUUGGAAGAGCUUUCAUUUAAACUUCUCCAAUUUCUCCAUGGAGAAAAGCAUUUUUAACAUCAAAUUAGUGGAGAGGCCAAUAAGAUAUGCAACAAUAGAAAGUAAGACUCGUAUAGUAGUAUCAAUUUUUGAUACUGGGAAAAAGUUUCUUUAUAGUCAACCCCAUAAGUUUAACCCCAUAAGUUUGAGUAUAUCCUUUAGCUACUAAGUGAGUUUUAUACCUUUUAAUUUCACCAACUUUUUCGCCAUUAGUCAUAUCUUCUUCAAAGGUUUCAUUUUCUUCUGUAGUAGGAUGUUCAUCAGGGGAAGGAGCUGUAGGAGAUGGUACUAUAGGAGAUGUUAUAGGAGACGGAAUUGUUGGAGAUGGUACUAUAGGAGUUGUUGUAGGAGAUUGAAGAUUAUUAUUAACAUAUGAUGUAGGAUUUUGACUUUAAAUUUCAUUUUUAGAACAUGUUAACCAACUUAGAUCCUCACUAGUAUUCUCUCCUAGAGAUCUAAUUUGGUAGUAAUAGAUAUUUUCAAAGAAAUCACAGUCCUUAAUAACAUACAUUUUAUUAUUGAUCGGAUCAAAACACCUAUACCUUUUUGAUUUUUUCCAUAACCAACAAAGACACAUUUGAAAGCCCUUGGGUCAAGUUUAUUUCAUUUUUUCUUUGAAAGGUGAACAUAAAAUCCAACAACCCGUGGUUGAAGAAAAUGAGCUUGAAAAUUUUUAAUGAGACUUAAAGGACAUUAGUUGCAGCAAUAGCCUCAGGCUAAAAAUAAUGAGGAACAUGUGACUCAAUCAUAAGGGCUACAGUAAGGGCUAGGAGUGUGCAAUUUUUCUGUUCAAUCACACCAUUCUGUUGUGGAGUGUCUGAGCAUGAAGUUUGGUGAAUAAGACCAUUUGUAGAUAAAAAACAAUUCUCCAUAUUAUGGUUAAUAUGUUCUCCGCCAUCAUCCAUUCAUAGAAUAUGAAUUUGUGAAUUAAACUCGGUUCGAAUCAUUUUAUAGAAGUUUACAAACACAUCAAAAACUUAUGACUUUUUCUUUAGGAAAUAAAUCCAGCUCAUGCUAGUACAAUCAUCAAUAAAAGUCACAAAAUAGGAAAAAUUAUGAGUAUUACUAGUAGAGAUUGGUCCCCAAACAUUAGAAUGAAUCAUAACAAAAUAUUUACUAAUUUGAGAAGUACUAGUAGAAUAAGAGUGUUUAUGACUCUUGGCCAUAACACAAGUUUUAACACCGUCACAUUUUUGGCAUAUAUUUUAGCGUUCAUUUUUGGCAUAUAUAGCUGAGGAAUGCUGAUCCACAAACCAGAAGCCGUUGUCUAUGUUCUAUCAGGUUCUUUUGUUGGCCUUUGUAUACAUUUUGUUUAGAUAUUGUAUUGGUUGAUAUGCUACUGUUCAGGUUUGUGUUUGUCUAAUGAGGAUAAAUGUUGCUUCCUUAUCUGAUAUCUUUCAGUGAUGCUGUCGCUUGGUCUAUUCUCUUCAAUUUAAAAUUAAACUAAGCUCUGAUUCAAUGAUUUUGAAACAAACAUUAGGAAUCGACACACACAGACUACACAAGUUUACGAGUUUCACUAGUAUUGGAAUUUCGCCUCCAUCACUUGAUAAAUUCUGAGAGCGGGCAAUUAUUACAUUGACAAAUUCCAUAAUUAAGGAUGAUACAAAAGGGUAUCACAGUAUCAGUAAAAACGUCAUUAACGGAUAGCUCCAUAUUGGCCGAAGCAGCAUUUAUCCUCAGUAGACAAACAUGUACCUGAGACUGGCUACUGCCAAGGGAUGACUGAUCUUCUGUCUCCCACUAUAUCAGUCAUAGAGGAGGACCACGAAACAUUCUGGUGCUUUCUUUGUUUCAUGAGAAAAGUGAGGCGCAAUUUCCGACUUGCUUGGUCUUAUAUCCAAGAAGUGCUUCCUUAUAUGAUAUCUUUUAUUGAUGCUGCCGCUUGCUCUAUUCUCCUCAAUUGAGUGGAUGCGUUUCUGAUGGUUGAUGCAAUGACAAAAUUUUGCUGCUGCUUCUUCUGGGGCAUGUUGUAUCACUUGUUGCUGCCUUGAUCUGUUGACUUAAGGUACCUACUCGUGUGCCUGGUUCAGGUGCUGGUGUGAUGCUACCGUCUUGAUCAAUUGUGCUUGUCUAAAGUGUUGUGCAUGCUGCUGGUCCAUGGACAUUUUAUAGGGUGUUGGUUAUUUUUUUGUUUGGUAGAUGGUGGUGCUGGUUGUGAUUGAUUGUAUGGUGAUGAUGCAUGAUUCUAGUCUUUUCUGCACUCACUUCGUGCUUUGGAAUGAUUGUAUGAUGAUGAGCAUGGUUUUGGAAUGUCUACAAGGGUUUUAUGAUUUGCUCUUGUCGUCUGUUGCAGAAUAUGUUAUUGUUUAUGUAAAAGUUUCUAAUUUGAUAGACCUUAUAUGGGUUAAUUAUCCUCUUUUCUGUAUAGCCUUGAAUGUGGCUUUUGUUGAGAUAACUUAGAUGUUUGGAUUUUAUCCCAUCUUUGUAAAUAUUUUGAUCUUUUUGGUAAAAUACUUAUAUUUGCCAAAAAAAUAAUUAA